GCCUCAGCAAUGUACAUUAAAGUUGCGUUGCUUCAGUUACCUUUCUUCUUUAAAAAGAAAAAACCUGCUUGGAAAUCAGACUACAAACAUCGAAGCAACACAUUACUCAACAGUCCCGGCAAAGCGCUCCACCUCAAAGGAGGAAACAGCCAAUCACGUUCCUCUCCCUUGAAGUUUUAGGUCUCCGAGCGGCCAAUCCCGCUUCUCAUUCCAGUAUCUGGGUUCGGAAGAGCCCAAUCCCUUUCGCCGAGGGGGAGCUCAGUUCCCAACCACUGGAGGAUCGCCGCUCUCUUCCGCUGCUUCACGCCCCCCCUCGCCGCCUCCCUUUGGUUGCCCGGGUUUCACCGCUCCUUCCCGCUAUAUAAGCUUUGCGACAAUGUUGGAAAGCGGGGCCCGCUAUCCGGCGGCGAGCGACUUUACGGUAGAGCCCGCUCGUGCGGAGCGAUAGCCGCGAUGUCUAGAUAGAGCGUGGGCGGCAGAACGUUGCGGGAAACAUGCGCGCGCACGGAGGGGGGGUGAAUAAUGAGAGGAGUAGCUGCUAGGUAGGUAGGCGGGCGAGGUAGCGCGCGCAGGCGAGGCGAGACAGAAGGAAGGGGGCGGAGCUGGAUGCCGGCGGGUGGGGCCAGCGUUAGUCCCCCAGCCCGGCUGCGCUACGGAGGCCGCGGGUUCGAUACCCGGUGGGGGUUGUAGUAGUAGUAGUAACAAUAGUAGUAAUAAUAGCAAUAGUAACAACAGCAGCACCGAGGCGGAGUUCUCUCCUCCUCCGCCGCCUCGUGGAGAGAUGAGCCUUUCGCCGAAGGAGCUGUCGAGCCUGCUGAGCAUCGUGUCGGAGGAGGCCGGCGGCGGCACCUUCGAAGGCCUCUCCACCGCCUUCCACCACUACUUCGGCAAGGCCGAGCACUUCCGCGUGGGCUCCGUGCUGGUGCUGCUCCUGCAGCAGCCCGACUUGCUGCCCACGCCGCCGCAGCGCCUCACCGCCCUCUACCUGCUGUGGGAGAUGUACCGCACCGAGCCGCUCGCCGCCAACCCUUUCGCCGCCAUCUUCGCGCACCUCCUCAACCCCGCGCCGCCCGAGAGAACCACCGUCAGCAGCGCCGCCGCCGCCGCCAGCGCCGCCACAGGCCCGGCUGGGGGUAGUGGUGGCGGCGGCGACGACGGCGAGAGGCCUCCGCUCUCAGGUACCGCCCGGCGAACGAUUCUCCCCGUGGGGGGAGAAGAGCGGUUUCUCCUCGGCAGCAGCGCCUCCUUUCCGACACCUUAGUUGUACGUUUGAAUCGGGGUUGGGGGAAACCCGUGGCCGUCCGGAUGGUGCUGGGCUCCAGCCCCGGUGAUCAUCAUCAUCAUCAUCUAAUACUAAUUACUACUACUAGCUCCCACAUCUGGAGGGCCGCAGGUUCCUCACCCCUGGCUUAAAGCGGAAUAAAUGCAUUUUUCCUUCUCCCCCAUCCACCACAAAUAUGUCAGGAUUUACGGUGUUCUAUUUGAACUCCUUUCUUACCAUUUUCAUUUAAGUUACUACUUGUCCUGUGCAUGUUGAUUCAAAAGCAUGUCCCGUUGAGUUCAGUCAGGCUUGCUCCCCUCAGCCUGUGAAUGUACCUAUACAGUAUAGGAUUGCAGCUUUAGCCCCAGUGAUUAUUAUUAUUAUUAUUAUUAAUAAUAAUAAUAAUACUUAGAGCUCCCACAUCUGGAUAGCCACAGGUUCCUUACCAAUGACUUAAAAGGAAUAGAUGCAUUUUUCCUCCCCCCCACCACAAGUAUGUCAGGAUUUUAAGGUGGUUUUUUUGAACUCCUUACUUACUUGUGUUCCCUCCACCCACAGCAUUUUCAUUUCAGUUACUGCUUGUCCUGUGCAUGUUGAUUCAGAAGCAUGUCUCACUGAGUUCAAUCAGACUUGCUCCCAUGAAUGUACCUGUAUAGGAUUGCAGCUUUACUCUCUUGUUGUCGUAACUUUGGUAUUGCCUUUGGAUGUGUGUGGCAUGCUUUUUUGGGUGGCCCUCAUUUAAUGGCUGUCAUACUGCCUUCCUAAUCAUCAUUGUUUAUUCUCAAGUAAACAGCCUCCAUCACUUCCCUACUCAGUCAGUCACAUAGCAUCACACAUAAGUGGGCCAGAGCCCCUGGGGGAAAACGCCCUUGUGAAAUAUUAUGAAAUGUUCAUGUUUCUAGCAUGCUGGCUGUGAGUAGGGAAGGGUUUUAGAGGGGUGUAACACUUUUGUGUUAGGUGAUCUUGAACCCAUUGGGUAAUAGGUACCCAUCUUGCAAAGUGACCUCUCCCUGGUUGCAGUGCACAGGCUCAUCUAAAUUUAGGUGAAAACUUGGGAUGCUUACACAGAUUGGAAACGAGGAACACUUUUUAAAAAUGCAAUUAGUGUAAGCUACCUUGAAAAAACAUUCCUGGCGUGCUCUGGUCCAUGGGGUCAUGAAGAGUCGGACACAACGACUAAACAACAACAACAACCUUGAAAAAAACAUUUGAAAGGCUGGUUAAAGAUGGAUUAAAUAAAUAUAUUUACCCAAUUUAAUAUUUUCCUUUGUAAGGAAAAGUGUGUAUGCAUUCACGCAUGAUGAUGACAGUGAUAGCCAGUCAUGCCGUCUCACUAAAUUCACAUGCAACAAAAUACAGUAGUAUCUUGGUUCUCAAACUUAAUCCGUUCCGGAGGUCCGUUCCAGAACCAAAGUGUUCCAAAACCAAGGCACGCUUUCCCAUAGAAAGUAAUGCAAAAGUGGAUUAAUCCGUUCCAGACUUUAAAAACCCCCUAAAACAGCAGUUGAACAUGAAUUUUACUAUCUAACGAGACUAUUGAGUCAUAAAAUGAAAGUAAUAAUCAAUGUACUGCAGUCACACAAUCAAUCAGUAGCUGAACUGGGUUCCACACAGUCACAUAAGCAAAAACAAAAGAGCGGCAAAAACAAAAAUGCAAAAUAAAUAGCAAAAACAGACAGACCUCAGCGUAACACUCAAAACAGAAGUGUGGCACUCAAAAUAGAGCAUGUACGGCUUCCGAAAAAAGUUCACAAACCGGAACACUUCCGGGUUUGCAGUGUUUGGGUUCCAAGUUGUUUGAGUAGCAAGGCGUUCAAGAACCAAGGUACCACUGUAGAUAUUUGUGGGAUCAUAAUAGACCCUUUUUUGUAAACAAGAAUUAUAUAUGUAUGAAAAUCAACCAAUUUCAGUAGUUUAUUAAAGCUAGAACUUUGAAUUGUGUUUAGAAGCCAGGGCUUGACUUUGGCAAUACUGCCUUCUGUCAUAAUUAAGUCUCUUAUUAAAAAUAUAAGAGCCCUGCUGGAUUAGACAAAUGACUCAUCUAGUCCAGCAUUCUGUUCCCACAGUUGCUAGUCAGAUGUCUGUGGGAAGCUCACAUGCAAGAUGUGCAUACAGUAAUCCACUUCUGCUCCUGCUCUUCAGUAGGUUAGAGACUUACUGCUUCUGAAAGUGGAAGUAGUACAUGGCUGUCAUAACUAGUAGCCAUUGAUAACCUAAUUCUCCUUCUCCCAAGUGAGGUGUGCCUGGCUCAUUGACUUUCAGGACAAAUUUAAAAACAGUCAUGUUUACUUAGGUAUUUGAUGGCUAAAAGACGCUGUUCCUGGUAACCUUGAGAUCCUUAGUUGAGAAUGUUCUUUUAAAAACAAAUUUUUAAAACUGUUUUAUCACUGCUGCUCUGGGCUCCUUUGAAAGAAAGGUUGGGAUAUAAAUAAAUAUGUUACUGUUAUUAUUAGUAACAACAACAGAAACCUGUAAAACAUGUCAUGAGUUGGUUAGAUGAGUAAGAAAGUAUUAAUUCCUAUAUAUAAAUUGGGGGGGAAUAAUGUUUGUGACCCUAAUUGUAAUUGCAAAAUAUGAGGAUGUGUUUGUUGAUGCCAAGGAAACGUGUAAAAUGUAAGGACAAUGUAGCAAAAGUACCAGUUUAAAAGGUUAUUUUAAAAGUCUUUCAGAAUAUGUAAGUUGAGGUGAGGAAAAUUCAUUUUAAAAAUACUGUACUAAUUCUGAGUAUUCAGUUACAAACAGAUGCUGUUUUAGCUAGUUUAAUUUACAGCCAAACAAAACUUUCUGUUUUUGGUUGUAUGUUUAUACAUAAAUCACUUGCAUUUCAUGUAAACCCAGUUGUUAAAGAAGAGUGCAAAACAUUUCUACCCAUUUGUUACAUCAAGUUAAUAUUUGUAUUUCACUAUGUAUAAAAUACUAUUUUUAGCACAUGAAAUCCUGAAAUGAUGUUGCCUUUCCAGGUUUUCUGCCUCCUAUAACCCCGCCAGAGAAAUUCUUUCUUUCCCAGCUGAUGUUGGCCCCACCUAGAGAGCUCUUCAAAAAGACCCCAAGACAGAUUGCAUCAAUGGAUGUAGGAAAUAUGGGCCAAUCUGUGGAUAUCAGUGGCCUUCAGCUGGCUUUGGCAGGUAAAAAAUUAUUGUUCUUGCUGAGAUCUGCUCCUGCUCUAGAAUGAAUGACAUUUGCACUACCUUUGUUCUUGUGCUAAGUGUGUGCGUAGAAGAGUCUUAAGAGAGUGGCUGUAUUCUUGUGCUUGCAAGCUAAUGUUUGUAUUUUUAUAGUACAAGUUUACAGUACUUUGCUGAAUUUGAACAUGAAUUCGUCACACUGAAUUUGUCAGUGUGUGGCUUUUAAGAAGCAAUUAUUGGCAUGCUGAAAGGUGGAACAAUGAUUCUUUCUAGUCAGCGGUUGUAUAUUCUGGCUGUGCUGCCUCUAAGAUGUGGGCAAGAAAAGCUAUUGCCAGAAAGAACAAGGAGAGAGAACAGUUAAUUUAAUUGUUCCCCCUAGAACACUACUAAGGUGAAUAGGCAAGGCACUCUGCAGGAAUCAGAAUGGAACUUCCAUGUUGCUAAACAAAGAGGAACAGAAAGAAUGAUUCGAACUUGAUUUACACUUGGACAGUUCAUGUUAAGGGAUGCGGGUGGUGCUGUGGGUAAAACCUCAGCGCCUAGGACUUGCCGAUCGCAUGGUCGGCGGUUCGAAUCCCCGCGGCGGGGUGCGCUCCCGUCGUUCGGUCCCAGCGCCUGCCAACCUAGCAGUUCGAAAGCACCCCCGGGUGCAAGUAGAUAAAUAGGGACCGCUUACCAGCGGAAAGGUAAACGGCGUUCCGUGUGCUGCGCUGGCUCGCCAGAUGCAGCUUGUCAUGCUGGCCACGUGACCUGGAAGUGUCUGCGGACAGCGCUGGCUCCCGGCCUAUAGAGUGAGAUGAGCGCACAACCCUAGAGUCUGGCAAGACUGGCCCGUACGGGCAGGGGUACCUUUACCUUUACCUUUAGUUCAUGUUAAAACAAACUUCCUAACUUUUACAGAGAGAAGUUGAGCUAACAGUAUAUCUUGAUUGCAUUUUGCUCUUCACACUGCUGGGAUAAUUUUUCAAAUAAAUUCUCAUUUUGUGCUUUUUGUAGCUAGUUUUGUCACUAAGCUUCUUGCCAAUUACGUGUCAUAUGUUGCUUUGGAAAAGGAAAAGUAUUCUGGCAAUGUACUGUGUUAAGUACAAACUGUUUAUUUGAUGGAAGACUUAGUUGAUUAAGGAUCAGUGACCUCUAUUGAAAUCAGAUUUUUUCCAGCACCCUCCCUUUCAAAUCAAAGGAGACUUCCUGGAAUUGACGAACAAGGGGAAAAUACUGCACUAAAAUAUCUCAAUUUGUUUUCAGUUUGAAUAGUGCGUAGUGCUUUUCCCUCUUAACUUGAAGAUGUUUCUGAGGUCAUAUUUUGCUAUUUCUAGAAAUAUUUUCAGGCAUUAUUUUACAUACUUGUUUAGAAUAUGAUAUAAAAAGCUGAUGUAUGUACACAUGAGUAAGAACAGGCUUCCUCAACCUUGGCCCUCCAGAUGUUUUGAGACUACAAUUCCCAGCAUCCCUGGCCACUGAUCCUGCUAGCUAGGGAUCAUGGGAGUUGUAGGCCAAAAAACAUCUGGAGGGCCAAGGUUGAGGAAGCCUGAGUAAGAACUGUAAAAUACACCCAGAGCUUUUACAAAAAGCCUUUGCUGUGUCAGUUUCCAAUUCUGAAGAGGAAAGUAUAUUAAAAUAUGGCUUGUGGUUCACAGCUGUGCACACAAAUUGCUACCUAAAAUUCCAGUCAAGGGACCACAGAUUCAUACUUAGCACCAACCCUGCCUCCGCCCUCAUAUUGUGUUUCUGUGUGGUCCUCUCCUUGAUACUGUGCUGAGCUCUGGAAGCAAUUGGAAAGCACUGCAGAAUUAGAGAGAGGCUCUUCCAUGCCUAGAGAAGAAUGACAAUUCUCUCAGAACUUGUGCUUAGCUCAUCUCAACCAGUGUUGAUCUCACAAGUGCUUUUGUGAGUUCUCGAUCUUAGACUUGAGACUUAGACUCUUAAGUUCUCAGACUCUUCCAAACAGUGCCCUUGAAUUACAGUAAGCCAUAUUACCUUAUUGUGAGAUGGGUGCAUAAAAAAGUAAAAACAGCCUCUGAUCAGAUUUAUAGUUCAUGAUGUCUGUUCAAACUUCUGAAUCCUGAUUCUUGAGGUUACUCAUGUUGAAUAUGGGUUUCAUCCAGUGGUGUUGCUCAGUUGACAAUUCUGUUUGUUUUACUCAAGAUCAUAUGCACUGAACAUUGUGUUAACCAUUUUCCCUUCUAGAACGUCAGUCUGAACUGCCGACACAGAGUAAAGCGAGUUUCCCCAGCAUUCUCAGUGACCCUGACCCGGAUUCUUCAAAUUCUGGUUUUGACAGCUCUGUUGCCUCCCAGAUCACUGAAGCUCUAGUGAGUGGACCAAAACCACCUAUUGAAAGUAUGCAUUACUUUCUGUAAUCUUUCACCCACUUACAGCAAAAGAUAGCUAUAACAUUAGUUACAAUCCCACCACUUCAUUUCUGUAUGUGAUUGUACUGAUUGUAGCAAGCUUUAAAACUUGUAAAAAAAAGCCCUACUUGAUUGCAAAUGAAGGAAUGAAUGCUUUUCUCCAAAGCAAUGACCAAUAGGAUGUGCCACAAAAUAGUUUAGGUUGAUUUCUCCUGCACUUUCAGUUUAUUAGAAUAGCUGAGUUGGUCUGAUGCUUUUAACUUCUGCAGGUUGAGGGUCAUAGACUCCUGUUAUAUUGCAAACAUACCCUAAAUGAAAAUAGUUUCUGUACAUUGGCCUGGUUUGCAGGUCAUUCUAAGCAAAGCCAUCUUUUAGCUCCCAGGAAGGAGAUUGUGGCUGCUUGGCUCCUCCCUGGUCAUUUUGUAGCUGCACUGCACUGAGCUAAACCAUGGUUUGGUUUGGUUUGGUUUAGUAUGUUGUCCAAAUCCAGGUUUGUUUAUGGUUAGUCUCUCCACACUAACUAUAAACUAACCUAGGUUUGUAGCCUUAGUUCUAAUAAGUAGUACAGUGGUACCUCGGGUUAAGUACUUAAUUCGUUCUGGAGAUCUGUUCUUAACCUGAAGCACCACUUUAGCUAAUGGGGCCUCCCGCUUCCGCCGCACUGCCGAAGCACAAUUUCUGUUCUCAUCCUGAAGCAAAGUUCUUAACCCAAGGUACUAUUUUUGGGUUAGUGGAGUCUGUAACCUGAAGUGUAUGUAACCCGAGGUACCACCAUACUAUGGUUCAGUCCUGUGCUAUAUUCUACCAUUAUUCUAGCUAUGAACGAAGAACUAGAAUAUACCUAGGACUCAUCUGCACUGCACAUAAAGCCGUAUCAUCUCUGUAAAACGAAGUCACAACUUCCCCCAAAGAAUCAUGGGAACUGUAGUUUGUUGAGGGUGCUGAGAGUUGUUAGGAGACCCUUAUUCCCUUCACAGAGGCAGAGUUCCCUGGGAAGAGGAAUUGAUUGACAAAACGCUAUUGAGAACUGUUGCUCUUUCAGGGGAAUAGAGUUCUCUUAACAACUCUUAGUACCCCUUUAUAGUCCCCAGAAUUCUUUGGGGGAAGCCAUGACUGUUUAGAGUGGUAGGAGACUGCUUUGAAAGAAUAGUGAAGAUGGGGCCUUAUAGUCCAGUUUAUACUAUCAGAUUUCUGAAUGGAUUUGUAAUUUUUCAUCAUGCAUUAAGUGUCGCCGUAGAAUUCAUCCGGAUCACCAUGUGACAGAUUGCCCACAGGUUUUUAUGGUGGUUUAUCUAUUACCCUGUUUUGGAAUUGGAGGUUUUAGGAAAGUUCUCAGCUGCAAACAUUGCACCACUGUCGUAUCUGAACUAUCACAAUUGUUUCACGGAGCCUGACAGUAUGGCAUAGUGUAUUUCAUUAUGUGUUCAGAAUGUAAUGCUUAGGGAGAAGUGAGCAUAAUAUUUAGUAGGCUUUCUGUACCAGGUGCUUUCAGAUUGAUGAUAUGAAUGCAAAUUAUUUUUCCAGGCCAUUUUCGUCCAGAAUUUAUACGACCCCCGCCUCCACUUCACAUUUGUGAGGAUGAGCUCGCUUGGUUGAACCCGAUAGAGCCAGAUCAUGCCAUUCAGUGGGACAAGUCAAUGUGUGUGAAAAACAGUGCCGGAGUGGAAAUCAAACGAAUCAUGGCCAAAGCUUUCAAAAGUCCUUUGUCAUCAGCACAGCAAACGCAGGUGUGUGUAGUAGUCAGGUGGUACAUAGUCCAAUUCUAUUACUGUGCAUUUUCUAAUGUAAGCUUAAAGUAUCCUUAAACUUGAAAGUGGUAUAUAGUAUUGUCACCUAUAUUUUGUUGUGCCCUGUUAAGUCUUAAGGUGUCCAUUUAUUUAUUUUCCCUCUGCAGCUCCUUGGAGAAUUGGAGAAAGACCCCAAGCUUGUUUACCACAUUGGCCUCACUCCUGCCAAAUUGCCUGAUUUAGUGGAAAAUAAUCCUUUGGUUGCUAUAGAAAUGCUGCUUAAACUUAUGCAGUCAAGUCAGAUAACAGAGUAUUUUUCAGUCUUGGUCAACAUGGAUAUGUCUCUGCAUUCAAUGGAAGUUGUCAAUCGGUAACUAUUUGUCUACUGUAGAUUGCUUUGUUGGCAUUUUUGAAUGAGCUUGAUUUCUAGUAUCCAUGCAGCGUUUGGUCCCAUCAAGGAACAGUAUCCUGGGUGCCUGUAUCUGAAUGUUGGUGUAGUUCAGUGUUUUGCACUCAGUUCUACGGACAAAGUACAUGAGAUACAAUCAGAAACAGAAUUGCCGGAUUGGUCCAAAGGAUUUGGACCUAAUCCUUUACAAUGCUGUCAUUAAGGGUAGGUUUAAUUCCAGCCCGCCCUUUUCCUUUCCAGUAUAAGAGAAUGGCUGCAAUGGGGUGAAUUGGCAGCGUUAAUUUUUCUUCAUCUCCCAAAUUUAGUGUUUUGGCCUCCAGAUUCAGGGACUACAUAGGGGCAGGGAGCUAUAUUGUGUUCCUAUGUACAGAGCAUGUGGAUGAAUUGCAUGUGUGCACAUAAACAGGAAUCCCUACAGCAUUUGGGCUCUCUAUAUACAUGAGCCCCCUUCCCAUUCCUGUCCUAAUUUUGCUAGUUUUUAAUUAAGCUCAUGAAAUUGGAGAGAAUGUCAUGACAGUGGACCUGUGGAUAGUUCAGUGGGGAGCAGCUUUAGGAGUAUUCCAUAUCCUUGGAUUCUUCUUCCUUUUUGUCUUCUUUGACAGCCACAGUCAUUGGAAAGAGCCAGUGCAAGGUCAGAGGAAGAUACCCAUCUAUGCACUUUCAGGAUGGUAGAUACCAAACAGCUGGCUGGUUGUAAAUGUUAUUGAGCCUCUGUGUCCAUUCCUAUGAAGGGACAGAUGGCAUUUUAAAUUGGGGUGGUGUAGUGGGAAAGUAAACAUGUACAGCCACUUCAUGUUCAACAAAUGUAUAACCAUCCACAGUGAAAGAGGGUCGUUAUCCCAUUAGUUGUGAUUGACUAGUUCUUAGUAAUAAUCUCUUAAACAAUAAUUCCUCCCCAACUUCAGUACAAUGUACUAAUUUAAUGUGCUUUAGUGAUGCAUUGUUAGCUACCAUGGGCAUUUCUUGAAACAAACAAGGAUAAAAGGUUUUAUAAAUGUGUAGCACGGCAAUUGACAAAUCCAUUAAAUCAAAAUCGGCUCAUUCUUUCCCUCCCACUGACUUCAUUCUAAAGACUCAGGCAGAGAGAUCAGUUCAGAAUAUAUGCAACUGUAGAAGAGGGAUAUAAAUGAAAUGAACAAUCAUACUGUACCAUUAAAAAAUAAACCAUAAGAUCAGGGUUGUUGUUUUUUUAAAAUUUUAAGCUGACUUGUGCACAAAGCAGCCCAAAUGAAGCAUAAGCCCUACAUUUUGAAAGGAUAAAUUCUCUUCCUGAUCUUUUCCCACCUGCAGUUGUAUAUUUCCUUUUCACACUCCACAUAGGUUAAUAUCACACCAUAAAUGUAGGAGGCUGUGUGAACAUUUGCGAAAAUUCAUUGUGACUAAAUUGUAGUUGCUAAGAAGGCGUGGGGUCAACUCCCCACCAACCCAGCAUAGAAUUUAUGGGUGAUCUGCUCAUAGUUAAUCAACUAUUUUCUGUUUCCAACAGUCUUACCACAGCAGUUGAUCUUCCUCCAGAAUUUAUUCACCUUUAUAUCUCCAACUGUAUUUCUACUUGUGAGCAAAUUAAGGACAAGUAUAUGCAGGUAGGUUUUUGGAAGCAUUUCAAAAUGAGAAACUAUUGAAAUCCCGGGACUGGUUCACCCAGGCUUGGGGCGGGGGAUGAACAUCCUUAUGAAACCCUGUACAGAAUUUGUACCUGGGAAUUUGAAAUAUUUGCCUUGCUUAUGGAGCACAGUAUUUUGGUGUCUUACUGUUCUUACUAUUCCAUACUUUUAAAGUAGGGGUGGCUAAUCUAUGGCCUUCCAGAUAUUGCUGGACUCGUCUGCAUUGCCUCCAGCUAUCUUGGCCAGGGUCCAAGGAUGAGCAACACCUGAGCCCGGCCUUGGCUGGGGAGGGCGGGGUAUAAAUAAAAAUUACUACUAUUAUUAUUAUUAUUAUGGAAGGCCAAAAGGUCCCCCACACUUAUUAAAGGUAUAUAAAAGGAACCAAAAGAAGAAGAGGAGGAAAGCACAAUCUAUUUUUUAGGGUUAUUUUCCAAGCAAUUAAAAUGAAAUACUCUAAUUCAAUCUGUGUUUCUGAAUUGUAGCUUUUAGUAAUAAGAAAACCAUUGGAUGAUUGAAAUUGACACCUGGGCUGGGGGUUUUUUAAGCAGGCUACUUACUGCAGAAUUAAAAAAGUGAGUCCUGUAAAUUUUAACUAACUUAUAAAAUGAAGAGUUUUGAUCUUCUUAAGAGAUUUUAUUUCCUCGAAGCUACUUUGUGAGCUGCUGCUUUGUUGGGUCAGCAGUCAAUAUAUAUAGUGUUACCAUAAGUUUGUCAGCUCCAUUAAUUUCAGUGAGCCUACUUUGAGUAGAACUAACAUAGAUAUAACCCAUGUGUCAUCUAUGUUUCAGAACCGGCUAGUACGACUUGUGUGCGUCUUUCUACAAUCCUUGAUUCGGAACAAAAUAAUUAAUGUACAGGACUUAUUUAUAGAAGUGCAAGCCUUUUGUAUUGAAUUCAGCCGGAUAAGAGAGGCAGCUGGCCUUUUUCGAUUGCUGAAGACACUUGACACUGGUGAAAAUCCUUCAGAGACGAAGACUUCAAAAUAAUACUUCAUUUGGAAGAAUGCUUUAUAUCAGAUUAGGAUUCUGUAUGAUUUUUGUAUAGUUCACUAUUUGCUUGCAAUUAAGAUGCUAUUUGUGCUGUAUUAAAUAUUGCUUUUUCUGCUGGAGAAGUGUGAA